ACUGAUCCCAUCACACUAAAAACCUGCGAAGAUCGACCGUGAGACUGCUGCAACUACGCAAUAGGCCAUUGAUAUCGCAUUCAUUUCUGGUCCAUUGGUAAAGUGGACAAAGCGUACAUAAUACAAGGAAAUGGCUGGUAUUUUGGCAUGGUUUUGGAACGAGAGAUUUUGGCUCCCUCACAAUGUAACCUGGGCUGACUUAAAAAACACAGAUGAGGCAACAUUCCCACAAGUCGAGGAUUUGUAUCUGGCUUGUCCUUUAGCCUUCUGCAUCUUUAUGAUUCGACUUGUUUUCGAAAGGUUUAUUGCCAGACCAUGUGCCUUGGGUCUCAAGAUACAAGCCAAUGGACCACAGAAAGCCCAGCCCAAUGCCAUUUUGGAGAAGGUGUUCACUGCUAUCACCAAGCAUCCAGAUGAGAAGAGGUUGGAGGGCCUGUCCAAACAGCUGGACUGGGAUGUGCGGACCAUCCAGCGCUGGUUCCGACAGCGCAGGAACCAGGAGAAGCCCAGCACGUUGGCUCGCUUUUGUGAGAGCAUGUGGAGAUUUACAUUUUACCUCUAUAUAUUUACCUACGGAGUGCGUUUCCUUAAAAAGACCACAUGGCUAUGGAAUACAAGAGAGUGCUGGUAUAACUACCCUUAUCAGCCUCUGACGGUGGACAUCCACUAUUACUAUAUACUGGAGCUGUCUUUCUACCUGUCCCUACUCUUCUCCCAGUUCACAGAUAUCAGGAGGAAGGACUUCCUGAUCAUGUUUCUGCACCACCUGGCGACAAUCACCCUCAUCACCUUCUCCUACGUCAACAACAUGGCUAGAGUGGGCACGCUGGUCAUGUGUCUCCACGACGCCGCCGAUGUCCUGAUGGAGGUUGCCAAAAUGGCCAACUAUGCCAAGUGCCAGAGACUUUGCAACCUCCUGUUUGUUAUGUUUGCCAUGGUCUUCAUCAGCUCCAGGUUGGGUGUCUAUCCUGUCUGGUGGGGAAAUGGAAUCCUUUACAUGUGUCGAAAGACGACCGCAGUGACAUUGAAUCCAGCUCUGACGAGGACAACGGUCCUCCGCCUGCUCCUGUUCAGAAGCACUACAACAGCACCACCAACGGGACCAAUAAAGCCCACGGGACCAACGGGUACCUGUCAGCAGGGGCCCCGUGUCCAGACGAACACUGACCGCCACUAUGAGACAUUUAUAAGCACUGGAGCAAAGCUGCAGACACCAUUCAUAGAUACUACAUGUGACAUGAACAACAUUGCCUGUCUGGUACUGGAAGUGCUUAAUAGAAAUCUGUGAAUGCAGUUCCGUUUUCUGUUUGAUUAUUUCCAUGUUUCCUGUCUCAUUUUAUUCUCUUUCUCUAUAUUUGCAUCAAACUGCACUCAAUGAAAUAUCAAAGCACUCCUGUUGGUACAGCCCACUCUCUGUUUAGCCAAUGAAUGAAAGCAUUCCACUGUUAUGGUGAAAGCAUGCUGUUUUAAAAGUAGUCUUGACUGGCAAACUGGGGGGUGGUUAAUUAUGUUAGUGUCUUUGUUAUAUAUAUAUUUUUAUGGAUAUGUUGACAAUAAUUUGAAAACAUAUCUCAACUACUUUGUCAGUGUUAAGAUGAGUUAAUUUUGGACCAAUCCAUAAUGCUUAUCAGUCCACUAUUCCAUCAACAGGUAGACACAUUACAGUAUGAGUCUUUUCACUGGCAAAAUGCUAAACACUUGGAUUUGCUUUCAAUGCUGCAAUACCAACACAUGCCAAAACUGUGACCGAAUUUGUUUUGCUCACAAAGGAAUAGUAAUGUGGUCCCACAACAAUGCAUUAUGGGAAAUACAAACAAACAUUCUCCUUCCAUAAGCUGUAAAUGAGAUGUCAGUAAAACAAUUAUGUAUGUGUGUGUAAAAAUAGGGCCAUGCUAUAUUUUAAAUUAAAGCAUUUUGUUAUAAGUACUCUACAAUAUUUCUGGUAAGUAUUUUUAUUAAAUGUUCAUGGCCCUCUUGGAAGACCGAUAUAAGGUAUUAAGCGUUGACUCAAUUAUAACCCAUGACGAUAUUAAAGAUUGCAAGUC